CUUCCCGGUGCCCAUUUCCGUCAUGGCGAAAAAAGUGGUGCUCGUCCUGUAGUUUGACCAUGCUCACAAUCCGUUCGACGAAAUGGUCCUUGUCAUUCCUGGGCGUGGCCGGCGCCCUUGUGAUCCUGGCCACCGCCGUCCAUGUGUUCAUGGUGCCAAUCCUUCCUUCUUCCUUGGAUUUCUCCGGUGCUCGCCGUGGCAUCGACCGGCCGAGGAAUGUGCUGCCAGGCGUUGAGAUUGUGGACUCACGCCUCAGGGGUCAGUUCCCUGCUGAUUCUUAUGGAGCCGUGACGUUCCGUGGCGCGCCGUGGAAGGCCGAGAUUGGGAGAUGGCUCGCUGGUUGCCAUGCCGGCUCAUCGGCUGUCGAUGUUACUGAAGUUAUAGGCAUAAAGAGGUGCGAGAAAGACUGCAAUGGGCAUGGUGUGUGCAACUAUGACCUGGGGGAAUGCAGAUGCUUCCAUGGAUAUGCUGGGAAAGGAUGUGAGGAGGUUCUGAAGUUGGAGUGCAACCUCCCAAGUUCCACAGAAUGGCCUGUAGGACGAUGGAUAGUUUCCAUAUGUCCAGCUCAGUGUGACACAACGAGGACAAUGUGCUUUUGUGGACCAGGAACAAAAUACCCAGAUCGCCCUGUGGCAGAAGCUUGUGGCUUCAAAACAAUCUCUCCCGCAAAACCUGGUGACCCAAAGCUUACCAAUUGGAAAACACCUGAUCCAGAUGUAUUCACAACAAAUAGCAGUAAACUGGGAUGGUGUAAUGUGGACCCUGAGGAUGCAUAUUCUUCCAAAGUGAAUUUUAAACAAGAAUGUGAUUGCAAAUAUGACGGACUCUGGGGUCAGUUUUGUGAGACACAUGUUGAAUGCAGUUGUAUUAACCAGUGUUCCGGACAUGGACACUGCCGUGGUGGUUUCUGUCAGUGUGAAAGUGGAUAUUUUGGGAUUGAUUGCAGUGUCCCAUCGGCUUAUUCACUUGCAUAUGACUUGCCCUUAUGGCUCAGACCACCAGUGAAUUUGUCAGACCCAAAAAACUUAAGCCAUAUCCCCAUCAAUGUCAGUGCUGUUGUUCAGAAAAAAAGGCCACUUAUAUAUGUGUAUGAUUUGCCAGCUGAGUUUGACAGUCAUCUUCUUGAAGGACGGCAUUACAAGUUAGAGUGUGUGAACAGAAUAUAUGAUGAGAACAACAGAACUAUAUGGACGCGGCAACUGUAUGGUGCUCAGAUAGCACUCUACGAGAGCAUUCUUGCUAGCCCUCACCGCACACUGAAUGGGGAUGAAGCUGAUUAUUUCUAUGUGCCGGUUCUUGACUCAUGUCUAAUAACUAGAUCCGAUGAUGCCCCACACCUGCUGAUGCCGGAGGACCUGCGCCUGAGGAGUUACCAUACUCUGGAGUACUACAGAAUGGCUUAUGAUCACAUAGCACAGCGGUAUCCUUACUGGAACCGCACUUCUGGAAGAGACCAUAUUUGGUUCUUUUCAUGGGAUGAAGGUGCCUGCUAUGCUCCAAAAGAGAUCUGGAACAGCAUGAUGCUUGUCCACUGGGGGAAUACUAACACAAAGCAUGAAAAUUCUACGACUGCUUAUUGGGCUGAUAACUGGGAUGAUAUUCCUCUGGAUAGAAGAGGCGAUCAUCCAUGUUUCGAUCCGACAAAGGAUCUCGUGCUUCCAGCAUGGAAGGACCCUGACCCAGCAGCUAUCUGGCUAAAACUAUGGGCAAGGCCAAGGAGCAACCGUAGAACACUUUUUUAUUUCAAUGGUAAUCUAGGAUCAGCCUAUGAACAGGGCCGCCCUGAAGACACGUAUAGCAUGGGGAUUCGACAAAAGCUAGCAGCUGAAUUUGGUUCGACGCCAAACAAGCAGGGGAAGCUUGGAAGGCAACAUGUAGCAAAUGUAACAGUUACACACUUACGAUCUGAGAAGUAUUAUGAGGAACUGGCAAGCUCUAUUUUCUGUGGUGUAUUGCCAGGGGAUGGCUGGAGUGGGCGCAUGGAAGACAGCAUGCUUCAAGGAUGCAUUCCUGUCAUAAUACAGGAUGGAAUAUUUCUUCCCUACGAGAAUGUGCUUAACUACAACAGUUUUGCAGUCCGCAUACAAGAAGAUGACAUCCCAAACCUCAUUACAGUCCUCCGAGGAAUGAACGAAACACAUAUUGAGUUUAUGUUAGGAAAUGUUCGCCAGAUCUGGCAGAGGUUCUUUUACCGCGACACUAUGUUGCUAGAAGCACAGAGGCAGAAAAAAUUGUACACUGAAGAGGCGCCCUGGUCAGUUGAGGUUUCGAAAUUAGAAGAUAAUGAUGAUGUCUUUGCAACUUUUAUACAGGUAUUGCAUUAUAAAUUAUACAAUGACCCUUGGCGGCAAGGUCUCCUCCAAGAAAAGGAAACAGGGUUGCCAAACAUCUGCUCAAAGGCUUCCUGAAAUGCGCAGUUGCAACCUGUGAAGAAGAUAAGCAUAGGAGUAUUUCUUGAUGUAGUAGAAAG